CCUGAUGAGGCAAUCUUUUACCUUGUAUAAAGCACUCUUCACAAAAUCCGAAUGCUGGUCCUAAAGUAGGGAGAAAGUUUUGCAGCAUGGCGGCCCCACUGACUGACCAGGAAAAACGCAAACAGAUCAGCAUCAGAGGAAUCGUCGGGGUAGAAAAUGUCGCCGAGAUCAAGAAAGGAUUCAAUCGGCACUUGCAUUUUACUUUGGUGAAAGACCGAAAUGUAGCCACUCCGAGAGACUACUAUUUCGCUCUGGCGCACACCGUGCGUGACCACAUCGUUGGUAGAUGGAUCCGAACGCAACAGUACUACUACGAAACUGACCCAAAGCGGGUUUAUUACCUGUCACUAGAGUUCUAUAUGGGCCGAGCUCUGCAGAACACCAUGAUCAACCUGGGGCUGCAGAAUGCCUGUGACGAAGCCAUCUACCAGUUAGGGUUGGAUAUGGAGGAUUAUACUUGUUAUUUAGCACAAGAUACAAAGGAGCGUGAAUCCUUGUCAAAGAAGUGAAAACACAUUGGUGUC